CCGGUCGACAUCGCGGGAAGGACGCGACGCUAUGAAAUAUCAUGGCUGGGUUUUUGGGCUAUUAUUUGUUUAAACUAUGUGCGCUGAUAUGCAUUUUUGAAAACUAACUUUAGUAUUCGAUUGGUUAGAAAGUAAGGUAAAUCUUUGUAAAGUAUCCAAACUUUAGCAGUUAGUUUGCCAGUCCGUUGCAUUGGUGAAAACUCUUAAGACUAGCUCUAUUUGACUGGAUAAACCAGCUAGGUUGCUAGGAUAACACAUACUCACGUCCGCUAGCCCAGACGCACAGUAACUGAGCGUUGCACAUCGUGAAGAUUAUAUUCAUAGUAUGAAUCAUGUCCCGCCGACUUACUAAAGAGGAAUUGGAUGAACAGUUUGAGCAGUUUUUAAAGGAGUCUGUCUCUGAUGAUUCCGUGGACCUGGGUGGCAGUACUAAAGGAUCCAGCGUGCUGGACAGCUUGGGGAAGACCAGGCAAGCCCCAGCAGAAAAGAAGACAGUCUCACGCCCCUGGUGGCAGGACGAUGAGGACAGCGCCGACUCCACCGCGGGAGCCCCUGUCGAGCCAACUCCCAAACCACGCAGUAGAGCUCUGGACAAGUUCAGCCAGCUGGAAAAUCUCCACAAGGCCAAACGGGCCUCCGAUGAUGCGCCGGGGCAGAGAAGUCACCGACAGGAAGACGCUGACAAACAGGCUGCACACGAUGCCCUUAGCCAAGGGAGUCCUGAGCAAGAAGAACCUUGUGGUGUACGUGGACAGAUCAGUCCAAAACAAGAAGACUCUCAUGAUGCAUCUGGGCAGCUGAGUCCAGAUCAGGAUUCCCAUAAUACACCGGAGAAGACCAGCAUUAGUGAUUCACAGGGAAACGGGGAUGGGCUGCUGGCUUCUGGGAAGACUUUCCGGAAAUCUCUGAGAAAAUCUCAACCCAUUCAGGAGGAGGAUGAGGAGCAGCUACCAGCCAUGCACCAGAGAGAGGAAGAACUGGAAGAGGAAGCAGCAGAGCAAGUCCUCUUCAGCAGGGACAGUCUAGAGCCAGAGGAGUCCGUUAUGGCAUCGGGGCCGGGAGUGGACGGCUUUGGAAAGGGUCUGGACACUCUGGACGAGGAGGAGGAGAAGGCCCGGUUCUUCUCUGCCCUGGAGAGAGGAGCCUCCUCCACCAUCGACUACUCCAGACUGAACAGGGAGCUGGACUCUGCACUGUCUACUCCCGCUCACACCUUGAGGAAGGCAGACGAUGUCAGGAGUGAAGAGGAGCAUAGAGCAGAAAGGGUUCGGGACUCCAGAAGCUCUCCAGCUUCUCCGAAUUACAGCGAGGAUUUUGAGGAUGAAGUGAGCCCGAAAGAGGCCCAGGAUGAGGAACACAAUAUACCUUCCAUGCUAGCUAAAGUGUCCCUCCAUGAUUCCCUGGACUCGAUGGGCGGAGCUCAGCAGCCGGAGGCGAAUGAGGAGGCAGGGAGGGAGGACUGGGCGGGGCCUGUGGAGACUGAGGCAGCAGGAGCAGCUCAGUCGUAUGGGCAGAGCGGUGUCAGUGAGAUGGAAGCCCUGCAGGAGGCCUACCGUGAGAUCAGCGGCUCCGUGGACGAGGUGGAGGGGCACGGGCGGGGCCUGUCGCCGGCCGGGAGCGCGAGGAUCCCAAACCGGCGCACCCCGUCCCCGGAGCACCCGCCAGGGAUGGCAAAAAACACCAUGACAACGGGGUCAGAUCUGCCUACAGCCGAGGAGCUGAUGCAGAGAAUCGGGCUGGAGUCAGACAGCACACGUGGUUUCUCUCUCCAGCCUGUGAGUUAUCAUGCAGGGUCUCAGAAGGACAGCCGAACCUCCGGUGGGGAGACGCGUGGCUCCGCACCCACAGACGCCCCGGACGAGGGGCGCAGGAGGGUCCAGGAGGAGGCGGAGCGCCUGAUGCAGUAUGAGGAGGACUCCCCGCGCGCCUCCUCUCCUCCCAGUAAAGACAGAAAGCAGAAGUCUGCUGUGUGGUCUCCGGUUUCCUCCCCCUCCUCCUGGAGGAAGAGUGCAAAGAACAAGAGAGCAUCAGACAGGCCGUCUCCCACGGCAACAAAGACCUCCGGGCCCAGCAAAACUGGCCCGACCGCAAAGCCCUUCCCUCUCCCUCAGAGGAAGCCUCUGACCCAGGGUCCAAAGAAGAGUCUGAAACCAGGGCCUCUGAAGCAGGACGGAGCAGGUUCCCAGUCUAAUGCUGGGAUGAAGGUAAGCAGUGAGCUCAUCGCGUCCGUGCAGUCUUUCGCCGACUACCUCCAGCAUCAGAUGGAAAGGAGCGGUUGCCAGGACAACGGCGAGACUCGACGUCACUCGGAGAGAAAGAAGGAUGAGGCGGGGGGGGUCAGGACCCCGGGCAGCCCGCAGCGGGAGAGCGAGGUCGCUCCGACACGGCGCAGCGAGGACGUGCAGGAGUGCCGGAGCUCGGAGCGCCACCCGGUGGCCCUGAUGGAACUGCAGCUGGAGCGCAAGGAGGCGGAGCUUCGUGCCCGUGAGGAAGAACUUCAGCUGGCGCACGGCAAAGAGGUCAUCGCCCUCAAGCAGGAGAACUACAUCCUGCAGAGCAAGCUGCGGAGCAUGGAGGAGGCCAGCAGGAAGAGGAAGUGGAGUUUUGGUGAGGCUUCGGACCCCGUCACUGAGGAGAAACUCAAACUGAUCGAGAAGGAGGUGAAAGAGCAAGAGACCCUGAUCCAGGGCUACCACCAGGAGAAUGAGAAGCUGUACCAGCAGGUGAAGGCCCUGCAGGCCCAGAGCAAGCAGAGCGAGGAGGCCAUGUUCCAGGAGAACCAGAGGCUGCUGUCCGAGCUGGCUGCCGCUAAGGAACAGAUCAACAGGAAGAGUGUGCAGAGGAUUGUGGGAAGGGACAGUGAGAUGGAUCCUAGCCACAACCUGACAGACCUGCUGGCUCAGCUGCAGGCUGCACAGAAGGCAGAGGCCAGGCUGAUGGAGGAGACUCGCCGGCUGAGGCAGGAGAAGCAGGGCCUGGAGGUGGACCUGGAGAUGAUAAAGAAGGAGAGAGACCAGGCCAGAGCGCAGGUCACCUACACCUCAGGUGACUUGAACUUUGAGAUGCGGGUGCAGCUGGAGGAGCACAAGUCAGAGGUGUCUGUGCUCAAGAAGAGGCUGCAGUGGUACGCCGAGAACCAGGAACUUCUGGACAAGGACGCAGCCAGACUGAGAGCAGCCACUGCCGAGACCCAGAAACUGAAGGAGCAGGUGGAGAGGCUGAAGAUGGAGGUGGGGAGGAGAGAUGGAAUGCAGCAAAAGAAGAAUGAGAGGAUGGGUGAUGCCAAGAGGAUACAGGACCUGGAAAGACAGGUGAAAGAGAUGGAGAAGAUUCUGAUGCGUAGGAAUCCUAACUCCCUCCCGGCACUCAUUUUUGCCGCGGCCUCGGCGGGUGGGGGAGGGGCCCCAGAGUCCCCGCAGACCGUGGCCCUGCUGGAGCGGCGCAUUCGCAGGCUGGAGGCCGAGCUGGAGGGCCGGGACGAGGAGGCCAAACGCAGCCUGAGAGCCAUGGAGCAGCAGUUCCAAAGGAUCAAGAUGCAGUAUGAGGAGCGCAUCUCAGAGCUGGAGCAGCAGUUGGCUCAGAGCUCUCCGGUGCUCCAGGGCGACGGGUGCAGCUCUCCUCAGGGCAGCCAGUCGAAGGCACAGCUGCUGCAGGCGGAGCUGGAGAGCGAGCGGGAGGCUAUCCAGGCGCGUGAGCGCUCCCUGCAGGCCGAGCUGGCGGCGCUGCGGGAGCGGCUGUCCCAGGCCGGGCUGGGAGACGGCUCAGCUCACAGCCCCGCCCGGCUGGACCGGCAGGCGGAGGCGGCGCAGAGCGCCCGGGUCCAGCAGCUCACCAAGGAGCUGGCCAGCAAGAGCCGGAGCGUCCAGGAGCUGAGCCGUACCGUAGAGCGGCUGCAGAGGGAGCGCCGCACGCUGCUGUCAGCCCCGGCCCCGGCCCCCGCGGGGCGGCCCGGGGAGGGGAGGCGCCCCGGCACGCAGGGGAGGGGCAGAGGGGCCGGAGCUGGGGCCGAGGCGCAGACCUUCCCCCCCACGCUGGACGAGAAGGACUACCAGCCCACAGCCUUCUCCGGCUCGCACAUCUCAGAGGUGCUGCAGGACAGCCAGAGGCUGCGGGCCCGGCUGGAGCAGCAGGAGCUGGAGGCCGAGCAGGAGAGGGUCUCACUGAGGGCCACCGCCGCACACGCUGAGGCAGAGCUGCGCAGGACACGGGAGCGUGCUGAGGAGCAGCUGCUAGCGCUCCGGUCUCAGCACCAGAAGGAGCUGGAGGGCCUGCUGGCUCGCCACGCCCUGGAACACUCCGCCUCCAAAGUGGCUGAACUGGCCAAUCAGAUGUCCACGCAGGAGAUCAUGAUCAGGCACCUGCGGGACCAGCUGAAGGAUCUGCAGGGCUGCAGGGAGGCUCUGACACUGUCUCAGGUGCGAGAGGAAACCCUGCAGACCCAGAUGGCCAAGCUUCUGGAGGACCUCAGGGAAGCGAAGGAGGCUCACACCCCAGAGUUGCGUCACUUCAGCGCCCUGGAGAGAAAGAUCGAGAGCAUGGAGCUCAGAUACACACAGAGGGAGAGAGAGCUGCAGCAGGUGAUCGCCCAGACGCGGCUGGUGGUGGAGGCGGAGCAGCAGAAGGAGGUGGAGCGCUGGAGGAAGCAGGCGCAAGCCAAGGGCCAGGAGCUGGAGGCCUUCCGGGUGGAGCUGGACUCCAUCCUGGACGUUCUGAGAGAGCUGCAGAGGCAGGGCGUGGUCAUCCCCGUCCCGGAAGCUUCUAGAGCCGAACCGUUCGGCUGGGGAAGCUGACCCACCGGGGUUUGAGACAGAACCUACAGAGUGGCCCGGUUUCCCUCCAGUGUCGAUUCACUGCAGGACCGCACCACAACAGCUGCAGAUUGCCGUUAUUGCUUUUGAUCGCAUUCAGGUCCUCCUGCUACCGGUCUUUGAAUUGCGUAUGCUGCAGGCUCAGAAGAACCUGUGUGGUACUUUACUUCCUCAAUCUGCUGGCCAUUUAACCUGAUGCAGAAAGAAACUGAAGGGGAAUGCUUUGUGAAGAGCUCAGGAGAAUAAUGUGCAGGAACAGUGGUGCACACACCAUCAGUUGCUGAAAUAAUGUUGCACUUACCAGCAACUGGAGAAAUGCUGUUGCUUGUUUCAGCAGCUAUGAGAAAAAGUGUCGUUACUAUUAUUGCCUACAGUAUAUGAUCAGUAACAAGAAAAGGGAACAGGAUUCUGUGCUGCAGAUUGUGCUCUUAUUCUCCGCGCUGUGUCUGGUAUGAGUGACAGUAGAACAGGGGAUCAGGAGGGUUGAAGGGUCACUGGAUCUGCACAUUCUGUGCUCCGAGGUUUCCCCUGUUCUCCAGUAGGGUUAACAUUUUUGGUUGCACUUAGGUUCCUGAUUGGAGGUUCUUUUGUGGUCAUGUCGGGUUUGCGAUGUGUAAAUCAACCCAUGUUUUAGGGCAAGACCACAAAAAAUGGCAUUUUCUCCUUAGGUAAUUAAUUUAUUUUUUAAUACAUUUGCAAAUAUUUUUUUCUAGCUAUUUUCGGAUAAUGCGUGUGAUAUAUUUCAUUGUUAUUCAGUUGCUGACAUGUUUUAUGAUCCUGUGUGUGUAGUUUUGUAAUUAAUUUAAAACAAAAGUAAAAGUUCAUUUUUCUACUUUUGUCAGUUUUAAUUGUCGCAUAUUUAAGUUUAUUCUCAAACUCUAAAAAAAAGUUUUGCUGCAGGACACCAGUAAGUAUAUUUAUCAGAGCAUGAUUUCCUUUAGCAUCGUACUUAAAUAUUUACCAGUGGUGUCUGUAAAUAGGGAUGAAAGGAUGUAUUUUAACUAUAAUACUGUAUGGAUGUAACAUCUAAAUCUAAAUCUGACCAUGUGAUAGAUAAUAUCACGGGUCUCAGGAAUUGUGUAUAGGCAAUGGAGCCUUGUCUCAUAACUGAACAUGCUGAAAAGUUAAUGGCUAACUAGUAGCUAUUAAAAUGUCAUAAAACAGAAAUGCCAAACUCCAGUAACUUAUACAUUUGAUACAGUUAUACAUUUCACAACCCAUGUAAUACAACAUUUAACUAAAUAAAAAGCAAACGUCAAUGGACUAGGUGUGUGAUCUAAGCGCCUUCGACCAUGGUGUGAUGGUUGGUGCCAAUUUUUUUUUGUUCCAGCAUCUCAGAAAUAGCUGCCCACCUGUUAUUUUCAUGCACUACAGUCUCUAUAGAGUUUACACAGGAUGGUGCAAGAAAAAAUAACAUCCAAUGUGAGAGGCAGUUCUGUGGGCAAAAACACCUUGUUAAUGGGAGAGGUUAGAGAAGAACAGACUUGUGCAAGCUAACAGAAAGGCUGUAAAUGCUCAAGUAAGCGCAGUUUACAACAGUGGUGUGCAGACAGGCGUCUCUGGACGCACAACACGUCAAACCUUGAAGCAGAUGGGCUACAGCAGCAGAAGACCACAUCAGGUUCCACUCCUGUCAGCUAGGGACAGGAAGAUGAGGCAACAGUGGACGUUUGAAGACUGGAAAAACCUCACCUAGUCUGGGCAAUCUCAAUUUCUGCUGCAAUAUUCAGAUGGUAGGGUCACAAUUUGGGUCACAAUGGAUUCAUCCUCUUUGUGGUAAUGGUGCAGGCUGGUGGUGGUAAUGGUGUAGGGAAUGUUGUCUUCACACACAUUAGGCCCAUUAAUAGCAAUUGAGCAUCAUUUAAAUCCCACAGCAUACCUAAGCAUUGUUGCUGACCAUGUGUAUCCCUUUAUGGCCACAGUCGGUCUACCCUUUUCAAAAUGGAGACUUCCAGCAGGAUAAUGCGCUGUGUCACAAAGCACACAGUAUUCCAGGCUGGAUAGAUGAACAUAGCAGUGACUUCAGUUUACUCGGUUUACUCCAUUGGCCAUGUGGCCAAAAAACCUGCCGGAAAUGCUCCAGAGUCUGAUGUGAAGAAUUCAGGCUCUUCUGGAGGCUAAAAGGGGUCCUAAUAAUGGGGUCAAUGAGUGUAUUUCCAGGAACAGAAAUGACACAAGCCUGAUAUGUAGUUAUGCAGUUUGUAUUUCUUACAGUCAUAUUUGAACAGUGACAAAAUAUUGUUAAUCCGUGGAAGUCACGGUAUUCAUUGCAUUGACUAUGGUUUAUUAACUUCAUGUGCAAGGGAAGUACUGUACAGGGAAUACAGGAAAACUUGUCACAUUGAAAAAUGAAAUGAUCGUACAAACAGGCAGUACAUUUUUUCAUUUGUAUAUAUGAAACUUUAUUCUGCUACAGCUUUUUAGUAAGUUUUUGAGCAAGCAUGGUAAGUGUGUACUUCAUAAGAAAAAUGGUUCAGAUGAAAACAGUAAACAUUAAAUGGCAGUAUGUACUUUAGAAGCAAGUCUUGCUACAAUGUUCAGGACUUAAUGGUGUCCAUAAUACCACGAUUGACAAUUACAACAUUAAAAACAUUAGUAUGCCCUACCCCCUCUGUCUAUCAAGUAGGCACACCAGACAGCCGAAUAUGAAACGAUGUACUGUCACUGUGCCAGCAGUUACUAACAUUAAUUUACACAACUGAAAAAUAGCUGAAAAACAUCUUGGCACAUAGCACAUGUAGUGACCUGACACCCUUGAUAAACCUGACCAAAAAAGGCUGUAUAAAAUAAAAGUUU